CAUUGACAAGCUGGACCAAUCGGAAAGCAAAGGAGGCGGGGACUGGGAGUCGCCGGCUGUGGUUGGGGUCAUUCAGUCUCUGCGAAAGGCGCUGCCGGGCGUCCGGUCUACACAUCUCACCCGACCAACCCUUCUGCAGGAUGACCCGGGACGUGGGUCUGGACGAUGAGCUCCCAGAUUGGGCCGGAGCCAAGGAGUUCUACCAGAAGUAUGACCCCAAGGAUGUUAUUGGCAGGGGAGUGAGCAGUGUGGUCCGGCGAUGCAUCCACAAGCAAACAGGGCAGGAGUAUGCGGUGAAGAUUAUCGAGGUAACCCCAGAGCGCAUGACUCCACAGCAACUGGAGGAGGUGCGCUCGUCAACCAGCAAAGAGAUUGCCAUCUUGCGCCAGGUCUCUGGCCAUCCCUUCAUCAUUACUCUUAUAGAUUCCUAUGAGACCUCCACCUUCAUGUUCCUGGUAUUUGAUUUGAUGAGGCGUGGAGAGCUUUUUGACUACCUUACCGAGAAGGUAACCCUGAGUGAGAAAGAGACUAGGUGUAUCAUGCGAGCACUUUUGGAGGCCGUGAGCUACCUUCACGCCAACCACAUCAUCCACCGAGACCUCAAGCCCGAGAACAUCCUUAUGGAUGAUGAACUCACCAUCAAGCUCUCAGAUUUCGGCUUCUCCUGCCACUUGGAGCCGGGGGAGAAGCUGCGAGAGCUGUGUGGAACGCCAGGCUACUUGGCUCCCGAGAUCCUAAAAUGCUCCAUGGAUGAGACGCACGCUGGAUAUGGGAAGGAGGUGGACCUUUGGGCCUGUGGAGUCAUCUUUUUCACUCUCUUGGCCGGCUCUCCUCCUUUCUGGCAUCGCAAGCAGAUGCUGAUGCUCCGGAUGAUCAUGGAAGGGCAGUAUCAGUUUGGCUCGCCAGAGUGGGAUGACCGGUCGGACACAGUCAAGGACCUGAUUUCACGGCUGCUUCAGGUGGAUCCAGCAGAACGUUUGACAGCUGAACAGGCUCUGCAACACCCUUUCUUCCAUCGCUAUGGGAAGGAGUGCCGGCAUUUCAGUCCCUAUCGCAAAUUCAGGGUCAUUGCCUGGACCGUGCGGGCCUCUCUCCGCAUCUUCUCCAACUACCGGCGGGUGCGGCCCGUCACCAAGGAGCUCCUGCUUAGUGACCCCUAUUCGCUCAAGGGGGUGCGCAAGUUGAUUGACGCAUGCGCCUUCCGCAUCUAUGGGCACUGGGUCAAAAAGGGUGAGCAACAGAACCGGGCUGCCCUCUUCGAAAACGUCCCAAAGGCCAUUCAGCUCGUCCUGCUCAGUGCGGAAGGCGAGGAAGGCCCUUCAUCCACGGUGGACGACCCUCCCAACUAGGGAGCAGAUGAAGACUAGUUGCAGGCUCCUGCAAGGGAGGCGGGCAGGCAGAGGGGGCCCUCUGACCUGUUCCCUUACCUCCUCUCAGCCGAAUGGCAAGACAUUGGGCCCUCCUGUGGGAGGUCCACUUGCCCUUGCAUGCAAAAGGGUCCAGUUUUCCAGGGCACAGGCAAGGAUUUUGGGAACUUGAGUUCGUGGCGAAUCGGAACAAGGCUUCCCUAAUACUUCUCGAAAGGCCAAGCAAUCCUAUAUUAAUGUGAGUAGGAGUACAGAGCACCAAUAUUAUUUCAUGUGUAAAUAUUAGGCAGACUUGUUGGGAGUCUGACAUCAGUUCAGUGCAAGAACUGAAGCUUUUGGACCUCAGUUCUUCUCACUUCUUUUCUCAUCGCCAAGGGAACAAGCAUCAUGUCCAGUCAGUGUGGGUGGGAUUUUGGGAUCAGAUCUGGUCCUUCACUGUGGAAUCAUGACAUUUUUUGCAGUUGUAUCAUUCCUCUGCCCACUCCCUCCAUGAAGCCAGAAUUGGAAUAAAAAUGGAACAAUUCCAAAACCGA